CCUAUAUCAGAUUGAUGUUGAAGGGAAGUAAAUGAAAAUUAUAGUUAGGAUUUAGAUUGGUGCCCUAAUCCUGGUCGAUAAAUUUAUUGAAAUACAGCUAUGCACCUAUAACCAAAUACGCCUACAUAAUCACUGAAAUUCAACAAUCAACUUAAUAUUUCAUCUUAUCAGCACAUUUCGUAAGUGAUCGAACAGAGAUUAACUUCACAUUUUCCCGCUUCCAUUCACGUACAUCACCAACUUCUAAUACUACAAAAUGAGUGACGAAGAAAGCCAACAAAGUUCAUCAGAAGAGGAGACUGAGAAGGAAAAAAGGGAAAAGGAAGAAGAACGUCGACGAAGAGAGGAAGAGGAGAAGAAACGUAAAGAAGCUGAAGAAGCAUCAAAGAAACAACGUAAACCUGGCCAGAAACGUAAAGGUUUAGGUGGUUUGUCAAAAGAGAAAAAACGACUGUUAAAACAACUGAUUAUGCAAAAAGCCGCUGAUGAAAUGAAAGCUGAAAUGAAGCGUCGACAGGAAGAACGUGAGAACUUUUUGCGUGGAAAGGUAGAACCAUUGAAACUUGAUGGUCUUGGUGAAAAUGAUUUAAAUGCUAAAGUUAAACAAUUGUACGAACGCGUUCGACAGCUCGAAGGUGAUAAAUACGAUUGGGAAGAAAAGCUAAGACGCCAAGACUUUGAGAUCAAUGAAUUGACAAUCAAGGUUAAUGAUGUGAAAGGCAAAUUUGUAAAACCUGUUUUAAAGAAAGUAUCGAAAACGGAAAGUCAUAUGGCACGAUUUGAGAAGAAGGAAGGUGGACAUUCACUUUCUUCUUUCCGUAAUCAACUUAAGUCAACCGGUCAUAGUAAGUAUGCUCUGGAGGAAAAGGAUGAAGUCGCGAAUACACCUAAAUAA